GGACGUUCCUUCACAUAACUUGAAACACUCUUAAGAGAAUAUUGCAACGAAACGUCCAUUCGCACUCCAAUUGUUAAUGUCAAAAUAAUUUUCAUUUAUUUAAAAAAAAAACAAAAAAAAAAUUAAUCUCAAAUUUUGAUUGUACACAUCGAUAUUUUAAGAGUAAUGCCCAUGCAAAUGAAGAGUGGACCCAUGCUUCAUUACAAAAAACGUAUUUUUAAGAAAGAUUGGAGGAGAGAAUAUGUCGUACUUUACGACAACAGCGCUCUCGUAUGGCUGAAAAUUGAGAAAGAUAAACUAGAACCCGAGGGAUCUCUUAUGCUCAAGGAUGCUCCAGAACUCGUGGCUUGCGGUCCCUUUACUAUCCAAGUCCCAAACAGACCAGAAAUUCCCGAAGGUUAUAAAGUAUCCCAGUUAUUGGCUUUCGGAUCUAGAAAGGACGAAUCUGUACAUUGGUUUCUUUGUAAAAAUUCCGAGGACGUCCUAGCGUGGAUAACUGCCAUCAAUAACACACUUCCACCACCGCCUCCACCUCGUAUCGACGAAAAGAAUAAAACUAUUUCGCAAAGCGAGAAGUAUAACGAAGAGGAUGCAUUUACUUGUGGCAUGUUAACAGCAACAAUAUUAGGAACCGGUUGGGGAUCGGGAUGGGGUUGGGACGAUCAUGUGUCCGCAUCGGAUCACAUGUCCAGCAUCUCGGAUGGAAUGCAAAGUGAUGGAUACGAUGUGAAUAUAUUCGAUGGAGACGGAUGCGAUUUUGAUGUUUGCGCUUUUGCUUUUUAAAGAAAAACAAAGUAGUUUGAGAGAAUAUUAAUAGAUUUUUAGUCGAUAAACUAUUUGUAUAGGAAAAAAACAGGGGGAAAAAUGUUUGGUAAUGUCGUUCUUUUUGUAAAACAGAUUUAUGUUAGUUUUAGAAAAAACAAGGAACGUUGUUUUGUAUCCGUUUUAGAGAUUUGGAGAAAAUUAUACAAUAAAUUAUUGAAAUAUAUAAAUAUAUACAUGUAUAAAACUGUACGAGAUGAG